AUGACGAUCAACUACAACUUGGCAGUGUCCACCUCGAAACCGUGGACACUUUUCAAGCUGCUCCUCAAAUGGCGGGGAAGCAUUUGGAAGGCGGUGAUCCUCGAGUACGCCGUCUGGCUUAUUCUCUACGCGAUAAUUAGUGUGAUCUACCGGACGGCGUUGAACCCGUCGCAGCAGAGAACAUUUGAGAGAAUCGUACAAUAUUGCGAUAGCCGCCUCAAUUAUAUACCUCUCAAUUUUAUGCUCGGAUUUUUCGUGACCGCCGUCGUCAACAGAUGGACAUAUUUGUAUCAGAUCAUCGGAUUCAUUGAUAACAUCGGCUUGAUGGCGGCCGAAUACGUUCGGGGCAGAAGCGAACAAGCGCGAAUGUUUCGCCGCAACAUCGUUCGAUAUUGCGAAUUGGCACAAGUUCUAGUGUUUCGCGACAUCAGUAUGCGCACGCGUCGACGAUUUCCGACACUCGACACAGUUGUGGCGGCGGGAUUCAUGAUGCCGCAUGAGAAGGAGCGAUUCGACGAGAUCCAAUACAAAUACUCGAAGUACUGGGUGCCAUUCCAAUGGGCGCUCUCAUUGACAUACGACGCGCGCAAAAAGGGCCUCAUCGAGAGCGACUAUUAUCAAGUCGUCGUGCAAGAAGAGAUCAAAAAAUUCCGAACCGGUCUCGCGUGGAUUUGCAAUUACGAUUGGGUGCCGAUUCCGAUAAUGUAUCCGCAAUUGGUGUGUCUCGCCGUUCACACGUACUUCUUGAUGUGCCUACUGGCGAGACAAUACGUCGUCACCGAGCACGCCAACAACAAAACCGAAAUUGAUCUCUAUUUUCCGAUCAUGUCCACCCUUCAAUUCAUUUUUUAUAUGGGCUGGAUGAAGGUCGCCGAGGCGAUGCUCAACCCAUUCGGAGAAGACGACGACGACUUUGAGUGUAAUGCGCUCAUCGACAGAAACAUCACGAUGGUCCUCAUGAUGGUUGAUCGGGGAUACGAUCGCGCUCCGGAGCUUAAGCGCGACGACUUCUGGGAUGAAGAAGUCGAGCCGCUGUAUUCUGAGGAGACCGCAAAGAUACCCAACAACCCGCUCAAAGGAUCAGUGUCGGAUGUGAAACUUCCUGAAUAUGUGCACGAGAUUAAGAUGGUGCCGCAUUGUGACGACACUCAACCGCUAGUCGGUGAUGAUCAGAAUCUGAGACGACGACGAAUAUCAACUGUUGUGCCGGUAAAGCCAUCGGAUCAGCAGCAUCACACCCAUCAUCGAACACGGGCCUCGUUGGGCAACAUUGAAAUGUUCCGAAGUUUCAAGCACAAAAUCGAGAGGUCGUUCUCGAAGCCGCAUUUGCAUGAUGAUCUCGGUCGAAAGACAUUGUCGCACGGGAUGCUCGAGAAUAUGGCGUUCGAUGGUGAUGGUGCGAUGGCGAAACCCUCGAAUGGCGUCGAGGGUGAAUCAUCAUUCAGCAACGCCGCAUUUGUGAAAUCAGGUGAGAAAGAGAGAGAGAGAGAGAGAGAGAGAGAGAGAGAGAGAGAGAGAGAGAGCGCGCGCUUCAAAAUCCCAAUGCUUACAGGCGAAGACAUCUCGGCGUCGCCAUCUCUACCGCAAUUGUCGGCAAACGCGAAAAGCUUCCAGCAUCAUGUGCUCGACGAUGUUCUCGAAGACGACGAAACCGAAGAAGCGAUCGCGACACGCAAGAAGAGCGUUCUAGAGCCGGCGAUAACACUUGUCGAGAGACACGACGAGCAGACUCCAGACGGUUCUUCGAGUCCAACGUCUGCUCCACGCCCUGUCAGCCAACGCGGCGCAUUCUUCAUCGGCGCCGGACGCUCGGAAAGCGAAGAUCAAUCGCAUCCGCAUUUGAGGCCUCCGAAAAAUGACUAA